AUGUUAUCUAAAAAAUCUUCCACCUGGAGUGUUAUAAUUAUACAAUUAGUUUUUUCAAUUGUUAUUUUUAUAUCUUCAUUAGCUGUAAUUGCUGCACAAAGCAAUUCAUUUAAUAGAUAUGGUGUCCAACAAGAACCAAGUAUUUUUAUGAUUAUUGCUGCAAUUGUGUCAUUUUCAAUGAUUUUAUCAACAAUUUUAGCAAUGUUUGCAUUGGCACAUCAUGUAAAAAAAUGGUUAAUACCUCAUAUGAUAUCAACUUCAGUUAUGUGGUGUUUUCAUAUUGUUUUUACAUUUAUAUGGUUAAAUGAUAUUGCAGUAUAUGGAACUUCUCCAAUAGAUUGGUUACUAACAAUUAUAUUAUCACUUUUAAUUCAAAUUUUAAUAUUAGGUUCUAUCUAUCUAGAUAGUCAAUGUUACCGGGUAAUGGUUUAA